UGUCCAGCUAGACCUACAAGUAGCUCUUGUGGCAAACGCUGUUCAACAGAUCAAGAUUGUCGUGGUCAACAAAAAUGUUGCAGAAGUGGAUGUGGCCAAGUCUGUCAAGGUGCCGUAUUUCCUAAAGCAGGAACCUGUCCUGCUAAUAAAAAUAUUGGCCAUACUCAAUUUUCCAUUUGCUCACAACCAUGUAGGUAUGAUGGGGAGUGUCCUGCUAAUAAGAAAUGCUGUUCAAGUGGUUGUGGUAAAUCAUGUGUCAGUAUUUACACCGAAAAACCUGGUCAAUGUCCUGCCAAUAAAGGUCCAUUCGAUGCAGUUUGUGUCAACAGAUGUACUGAUGAUGCUUCAUGUCCUGGUUCCCAAAAAUGUUGUGCUUGUGGUUGCGGUCGGGAAUGU